UUUCUCGUCCAGAUCCUGCUUGACAUUGUGCUGGUGCCGGUCAACGUCAACAAGCUGAACGCAGGCACCGAUGCUGCGCGCCGCGACACGCCGUUCCCUUCCGUCAUCGGAGGAAUUGCACCGACGCUGGACGACAGCAAGCAUCUUAUCUUCGAACCUGGAAUCAGUCGUUCGUUUUUUGAUGAACUUUUAUCUUCGACUGUGACAUCACCGUUUCGGGCUAUAAAACGGCGCAGCGAGACGCUCCACGGCAUUGGGCACGGCAGCACUGCCAACAUGAGGGCUAACAACCCAUUCGUCUUUCUCGUCCAGGUAAGCAAACGAUUUUGCAAGUCCUACCGUAGCAAUAAUGUUUGCUUGAUUUUGCUGCCGUGCCCACGGUCCUGUUACUUGUGGUUGUGCGAUGUGUUUUUCUCUCUGAGAAUGCUACUUUUGCUGAGCGGCGAUGUUGAGGUCAACCCUGGUCCAGAAACAGGCGCUAUUUUACAAAAACUGAAAGAAAUCGCCCGGGACAUACAGGAAAUUAAAAAUGAAAAGGGUAUAACAAAUGACAGACUUUCUGCGAUCGAGCACAAACUGGAAAGUCUCAGUACGCUUCAAAAGAACGUCAGUGCAUGUCGGGAGAGAAUAACUGAACUUGAAACGACUGUUAAAAUUAUUACCAGAAAGGUAGACGACUUAGAAAAUCGAAGUAGACGGUCGAAUCUGAUUGUCUACGGAAUUAAAGAACAAGAGAACGAAAACAGUCAGACACUCGAAAGAGUGGUCGUAGGUGAAAUUCUCGAGAGAAUUCUAAACGUACAAAUAGCAGGCAUCGAAAGAAUUCACCGCCUCGGGAAACAGGCUGAUAACAAGAUCCGUCCAGUCAUACUCAAACUACUGGACAGUAGAGAUAAAUCAAAGAUACUGAAAAACUGCGUCAAACUGAAAGGAACAGAUUUUUCAAUCGGUGAAGAUUUCUCCCGACACGUACAGCAAAUACGUAAGAAGCUUUGGGACCGCACUAAAGCAAACCGAGAUAAGCGAGAAAAGGUUUUCUUAACAUAUGAUAAGGUUCGCAUAAAUGGGCAUCUCUAUGCGUGGGAUGAGACAAAAGAAGACAUAAUUCCCGUAGAAAAAAACGAUGUUCCCGACGAAAACUAACCGAAAGCCACAUUCUGCCAUCUAACCUUAGAGUCGUAAAUAUAAAUGCAAGGAGUCUUCAAAAUAAAGCAUAUUCAUUGGAGUCCUUUCUCUUAGAAUUUAAUCCACACAUAGUUACAAUCACAGAAACGUGGUUACAUCCCUUAAUACUUGAUAGCGAAAUUGUCCCACCAAAUUACAUCAUUCUGAGAAAAGACAGAACGACUAGAGGUGGCGGAGUAGCAAUACUUCUAAAACGAGGUAUCCUCUACGGACAUAUGCCUGAUGUGAAAGAUGUUGAAUCUUUAUGGUGCAAAGUGUCAUUCGAUUAUUAUUCUGUUGUUGUAGGUGUCGUUUAUCGGCCUCCAAACUCCGACCACAAGUGUCUGUGCAACUUAUAUGAUUACAUGCAACAACACAUUAAAAAUCAAAGGAUUAUUAUGGCUGGCGAUUUUAAUAUACCUGAGGUAAACUGGGAUUCGCUGCAACUUGGCACUGUUACCUCUGAUGCAAUAUUAGACAUUUUAUUUGCGUUUAAUCUGUCACAAAUCGUCAGAGAGCCAACACGGGUGCAGGGAACGUCCAGCAGUCUGCUUGACCUUGUAUUUCUUAGUGACCACU